UUUACAGAAAAGGAGCACCUCUGUCUCUUUGCGUUUCCGAAUGAAACAUGGCAAGUCAAGCCGCCUACUGAGAUGGUGCCUCCUGAACUUCCCGAGCCGGUUUUGGGUAUAAACUUUAGCAGAGACUUGAUGCAAGAAAAGGAUUGGUUAACAAAUGUUUCGCUUCACAGUGACUCGUGGCUACUAUCUGUUGCAUUUCACAUGGCUACAGACUAUGGAUUUGAUAAGAGUGAAAGGGAAAGGCUAUUUAAGAUGAUUAAUGAUCUCCCCACAAUUGUUGAAGUUGUGAGUGGAAAUGCGAAGGAAGAAGUUGACGAAGAGGGAGCAACACUAUGUGGAGCUUGUGGAGCCUAUUAUGGUAUCGAUGGAUUCUGGAUAUGCUGUGAUUUAUGCAACAAAUGGUUUCAUGGCACAUGUGUGAAGAUUACCGCUGCUGAAGCUGAGUAUAUCGAGCACUACAAGUGCCCUACUUGCAGUAACGAGGGGGCUAAAGUUUGAUGCACUGUUUCUGAUAAAGAUCAAGUUCAGUUGAUUAAAAGGAUUAGAAGUUUU